AUGGACACCUUCGAGGCAACCAAAACCGACCGAUUCCACCAGUCCCUCAGCAGCGCAUGGGCCAGCUUCCUCGGUGCCCAGCAUUGCAAUCACAAAGUCGAUACACUUAGGAAGACGCUCGAAGGGCACAUCCACCAGACCAACCUAAGCCUAUCGUCUGUUCGGUGCGAUGGCGAGAAUCGGCACGAACAGCUUGUCACGGCAAUCGCAGAGUCCAAGUCCAGAAUUGAACAACACGCCGCCGAGCUCAAGGACGCAAUCGCCUUCCAACGGAAUCUCUCCACUCUUCAGCAAGAGACCAGCAAUGAGAGCAAGGAUGCAUCAAGAAAAGUGACGGAGUUGUCCAAGCAAGUCCGGACGCAGCAGGAGGGCCUAGACGGGUUGCGGUCUAGCACGUCUCACGAUAUCAGAACCAUCCAAGAGCAGUGCCGUCUGGCGCUUGAGAGAGUUGACUCCCUUCAAGAGGAGCUGAAGGAGGCCAUGGCGCAGAGGAUGGAUUUCGAACAGAAAGUGGCCGCACUCGAGAGCCAAGUCAAGUCAAUCACGCAGACAUACAACUGUCUUUCUGAAGACAGUGUCAGGUUCUUGGGCGAGAUCCAUUCCCGGCGAGCCGAGCUGAUCAUUUUACUGAACAAACAAUGCAUUAAUGUCACCUCGCAAGGCGACGAACACAGCCGCGCGCCGAUCAACACCCCGCCGCCGGCUCCAAAGAGAAGAUCAGAAGAGGAACCCCUCGAACUACCACUCAAACGACCGCACCCUUCCAACAACCGCAGCCAGGACAUCCGCUCUCUCUACCUCGUCUUCCGAGACCGGUACAAAACCAGCCCGCCAAAGUCAGACACGGCCUUCAUCUGGGAAUUUCUCGGCUGCAUCGAGGACCCGGCCAUGUCCAAGCACAUUCAAGACUCGCUCGCCGCCAUCCUCCCGGAGCAUGUCACGCCCAGCCGGGACACGAGACGCAAGAAUCCGCGCAGGCACAUCGACAUCUCCAAGGGCCUGACAUGGCGGAAGUUCCGGGAGGCUCUGGUUAAGAUUCCUGAGCCGUCUUAA